AUGCCACGAGAAAAAUACUCCAGGCAGUCCCUGGGCUCUACAUAUCGACUGGUAAAGGAGUCUCGCGUUCUGCUGGUCGGCGCAGGCGGCAUCGGCUGUGAGCUCCUCAAGAACCUCGUGCUCACCGGGUUCGGCGAAAUCCACAUCAUCGACCUUGAUACAAUCGACCUGAGCAAUCUAAAUCGUCAAUUCCUCUUCCGACAGGAGCACAUCAAAAAGCCAAAGGCUCUGGUCGCAAAAGAGGUCGCACAGAAGUUCAAUCCAAAUGUAAAGCUCAUCGCGCACCAUGCAAAUAUCAAAGACAAACAAUUCAACCUUCAGUGGUUCUCUGGCUUCAAUCUUGUCUUCAAUGCGCUUGACAAUAUGGAUGCGAGGCGCCAUGUCAACAAGAUGUGUUUGGCAGUGGAUGUACCUCUGAUUGAAUCGGGCACCACUGGCUUCAAAGGACAGGUUCAGGUCAUCAAAAAGGGCAAAACCGCAUGCUACGAUUGUACAGCAAAGACGACUCCGAUCUCAUAUCCUGUCUGUACUAUACGGAGUACGCCCAGUCAACCAAUUCAUUGCAUUGUGUGGGCCAAGAGCUAUCUUCUACCGGAAUUGUUUGGUGUCAGUGAAGAUGAAACUCCAGAGGUCGACAGUUCAGGAGAUGCAGACAACGCGCAGGAGAUUGAGAAGCUGAAACAAGAGGCGCAAGCGUUGAAGAAAAUUAGGGAGUCAAUGGGUUCGGAUAACUUUGCGCGACAGGUCUUUGACAAGGUGUUCAGGGAGGACAUUGAACGAUUGGCAAACAUGGAAGAUAUGUGGAAGGACAAGAACCCGCCGGAGCCGCUAUCCUAUGACGCUCUCCAGCAGGAGGCUUCUUCGAUCGAUAGCUCCCAAAAGCUAGACGGGCAGCGGAUCUGGUCGGCGGCCGAGAACUUUAUCGUGUUCAAGGACAGCCUCUCACGCCUUGCGGAAAGAUACGCCGAGGAACAGACCAAAGCAUCAAAGACAGGUCAACCGCCGCCAAUAAUAUCUUUCGACAAGGACGACGAUGACACGAUGGAUUUUGUGGCUGCGACGGGAAACCUUCGAUCGAUUAUCUUCGGUAUCGAAACCAAGUCGAGGUUCGACAUCAAACAAAUGGCAGGCAACAUUAUUCCUGCGAUUGCCACCACGAAUGCCAUGGUCGCAGGGCUGUGUGUUAUGCAAGCUUUCAAGGUUUUGAGAGGAGAAUAUGUACGAACAAGAUGGCUAUGGUUAUGGAACGGUUCUUUACGGACGGAUCAAUUGGAAAAGCCCAACCCGGAAUGUCCGGUUUGCAGCGUCGCCAUGGGAAGGCUGCAUGUCGACCUUGAGAGGGCCACGUUGAAGGACCUGGUCCAAGACAUUCUGCGGACGAAGCUGGGCUAUGGAGAGGAAUUGACGGUGCUCAACGAUGCCGGCGUUGUCUAUGAUCCUGACCUGGAAGACAACCUGGAGAAGAAACUGACAGAGCUGGAUAUUCACGAAGCAAGCUUCAUUCUUGUCAAGGACGAAGAGGACGAACCCCGCGUUGACCUCCGACUUGCUAUUGAAGCAAAAAAACCGGCGGACGAGUCGAAGCCAAUAGUCUUUGUCGAGAAGGAAGGCGAGACGUUUGAGAUUCCACGACAACUGGCGAAAGAACCUGCCACCAACGGUGACAGCAUUGACGGAGGCGAUACCAAUGGCAAUCUCAUCACAAAUGGCAUUACCACAGUGCCACCGACAGGCAAGCGAAAGCGGGAGCUUGAUGAUGAUGGCGAAUCCGGCGACACUCCGGCCAAGAAACUACAGGGACCUGUGGCUGCAGAGGUGGCUAAAAACUCGGCCUCGAACGCAAUUGUCAUUGACGAGGAUGAUGGAACUCUUCUGAUCGCGGACGAUUCUGACUAG